AUGCUGCAGAGGAUCUCCAACGGCGUGAAGAGCUGGAGCAAGGCAAUUCAUAAAGCAAUCCUCGUGCUCUUCCUGACUCUGGGUGCAGUGAUUUUGAGAGCCCUCGUGAAAAUCUACAAUGCUCUCUUCAUCAAUCUCAAGGUCCAGCCGGACACAAUCCAGUUCAUCCCAACCGGGAAAGAAAACGACAAGCAUCGGAUCAAACUUCACAUCUACCGCCCCAAAGAACUUCGGGGACCGUCCCCUGUCCUGCUCACUUUCUGUGGAAGCGGGUUCAUCAUCCCAGGGUUCGGGCUAGAUGACCCGUACUGUCGCGAAAUCAGCCAGCAAACCGGCCAUGUCGUGAUUGACGUUCAGUAUCGCCUGGCACCGGAACACCCUUUCCCAACAGCCCUGGAGGAUGCAAAGCGUGCGAUCGACUGGGUCAUCGGACAACCUGAUCUCUAUGACCCAGCUCACAUCUCGAUCGGCGGCUUCAGCGCCGGGGCCAACCUCGCCGUCUCCAUUGCAGCAAACGACUACGAGAGCCAUACCUUUCAUUCUCUGAUUGCCUUUUAUCCCUGUGUCGAUGCGCAGACCAGCCCUUAUAGGAAGAAGGCCCUCGUGUCCGGCAGACCGGCUGUUGGAAUCGGCUCUGUGCCUCCGGCAUUGAUGCACUUUUUCCAGACUUGUUACUUGCUCGGCGGAGGCCAGGCGAAUGACCCCAGGGUGUCCCCUGCGCUGGCGGCGGCUAUGGACCGGUUUCCCAAGAACUGUUUGUUUGUCGUUGCAAGUUUUGACUCCCUGGCCAAAGAAACCCUCAAGCUUGCUAAGCGGCUGAAUACGAAUGAUCGUCAUGUUCGCGUUUACAGGGCUCAGGGCGGCGGGCAUGCUUUUGAUAAAGCGGUGCAAUUGGGUACGGAGCAGUAUCUUAUGAGACAGCAGGCUUACGAUGAGGUGGCAUCUAUACUGCGCCGACAGAAUUCGUGA